AUGAGUUCCAAUCAGUUCUCGAGUUUCGAAGAAUCACAAAAAUACAUGGAAGAAAAACUGACGACGACGAGUAGUGGAUUAUCGCGACUGAAAUCCAGUAACCGUCGAGAGUUGGUCGAUUACCCGUUGCGCGAAGCCGGCAAAUACAUCGCAGGCGGCAGGGCCUACCGAGUUUUGAAUCUCCACUUCGAUGUACUUUUGGAGCACGAAUAUAUUUAUCUCCGUGAUAUUAAUAAUUAUGAUGAAUCUACUCUUCGUAUGGUUCCGGCCGAGAAUUCGUCGAUUGAUCGCGUGUUGAAGACGGUGGAAUAUUCUCGCAAUAUUCCCGAGAUGGAUUGCUCCGUCUGCUUGGAAAGCUUCUGGGGCGAUGAUUAUAAUCGAGAAGAAUUGUUGAGUAUGCCGUGCGCGCAUAUUUUUCACGGCGAUUGCAUCAAGAAGUGGCUGAGGACUAGCCAUUAUUGCCCGCUUUGCCGAUUCGAGAUGCCGACUAGUUAG